AUCACUACCAGUUCACUGAUCGACAAACAACAGCUCUCCAUAGCCGAUUUCAUCAUACUCUGUAGCCGAUACAUCCAGUAAGUGUUGGCGUUAUCCUUCCUACCACAUCGUUCUAUACCUCAGGACAUAGCUUAAUGGCUGCCUCAGCUGUAAUGCAAUCCAUUCUGGCGAGUUCGGUUAGUCGAAAUGCUUGUAGGACACCGGCGAGUCGGCUUCUCCCGGCGGCGGUUCGGCCGUUCUCCCGGAGAGCGGCUAACUUCCGAGUGCGAUGUACGGCGGAGGAGGAUCAGAGAGAGCCAGCGACUCCUACAUCGGUUUCACUGCCGUCUCCACAACCAGGGCCAUCUCCCACGCCAUCGCCGAAGAUGAGUACGAAGUUAACAGACAUUUUGGCGUUCAGCGGGCCAGCGCCGGAGAGGAUCAACGGGCGGCUUGCGAUGGUAGGGUUCGUAGCUGCCCUAGCGGUUGAAGCAGCGAAAGGACAGGACGUGUUGGAGCAAAUAGGGAACGGGGGAAUCCCGUGGUUUGUGGGAACAAGCGCGAUUCUGACACUGGCGUCGCUGAUUCCAUUUAUUAGAGGAGUGAGUGUGGAGUCUAACUCGAAGGGGUUUAUGACUUCCAAGGCGGAGUUGUGGAAUGGGAGGUUUGCGAUGUUGGGCCUUGUUGCUUUGGCCUUCACCGAGUAUGUCACGGGUGGAAGCCUCGUGUAAGUUGUAGUUGGGAGCUUUUGUAAGUAUUAAUGCAAAAUCAUAUCCGUUCAAAUGGAGAUACAAAGGAAAUCAUGUAAAUAUUUCUAAAUAAUCAAACAAAAAGUUUCAAAA